GAAGGGGCGUGGCGUGACGGCGCUGGCUGUGGCGUGCACCGCACCUCCUUCCUUCCUGUGCCCCCGGGCUCUGGCUCCUGCCGUGGCUGGAAAUAUGUCCGAGGGGGUGGAUCUGAUCGAUAUCUACGCCGACGAAGAGUUCAACCAGGACUCCGAAUUCAGUAAUGCCGACCAGAUGGAUCUGUACGACGACGUGCUAGCAGCAAGCUCGCAGCCGCCCGAAAGCCGCACCAGCAGCUCGGAGGCACCGACCGAGAUCCGCCAGGAGCAGUCCCCCAAACCAAACAGCAAAUCGCCUGCCAUCCUGUACACCUACAGCGGCCUGCGCAACAAACGGGCUGCUGUGUAUGUGGGCAGCUUCUCCUGGUGGACAACUGACCAGCAGCUGAUCCAGAUUAUUCGCUCAGUGGGGGUCUACGAUGUGGUGGAGCUGAAAUUUGCGGAGAACCGAGCCAAUGGGCAAUCCAAAGGGUAUGCAGAGGUGGUAGUUGCCUCUGAGAACUCAGUCCACAAGCUCCUGGAGCUGCUGCCUGGCAAGAUCCUCAAUGGGGAUAAGGUGGAGGUGAGACUAGCCACCCGGCAGAACCUGUCGCAGUUCGAGGCACAGGCUCGGAAACGGGUGCCGCCGAGGGCUCACUCCCGGGACUCCUGGGAUACGAUGGAUGGCCGAGCCACGCCAACAGAGAAUGCCGUGCCGCCCCCUCGUGUGGAGAAGCCCCCUUCCGUGCUGUCUUUCUUUAACCGCCCCCCUGCUGCCAUGCCCCUCAUGGCUCUGCCCCCUCCCCCGAUGCCUCCCCCACCACCUCUCUCCUCCAGCUUUGGAGUGCCGCCUCCCCCGCCAGGAAUCCACUACCAGCAUCUAAUGCCCCCUCCCCCUCGACUGCCCCCCCACCUGGCUGUGCCACCUCCAGGAGCAGUCCCUCCCGCCCUGCACCUCAACCCUGCCUUCUUCCCCCCGCCAAAUGCAGCACUGGCUCCCCCGCUGGAUACCUACAAGACCUCUGCAGCAUAUAACCACAGCAGUCGAGAUCUGGGCCCACUGCCUACCCCGGUGAGCGAAGCCGAGUUCGAGGAGAUCAUGAACAGGAACCGAGCGAUUUCCAGCAGUGCCAUUUCCAAAGCGGUGUCCGGAGCCAGCGCAGGGGAUUACAGUGAUGCCAUAGAGACCCUGCUUACGGCCAUUGCCGUUAUCAAACAGUCCCGCGUAGCCAACGACGAGCGGUGCCGCGUCCUCAUCUCCUCCCUCAAGGAUUGUCUUCAUGGGAUUGAAGCCAAGUCCUACAGCAUGGGUGCCAGCAGCAGCUCCUCCAGAAAAAGACACCGAUCUCGGGAGAGGUCGCCCAGUCGGUCCCGUGAGAGCAGCAGGAGGCACCGGGACCCGCUCCAUAAUGAGGAUCGGCACGAGGACUAUUUCCAAGAAAGGAACCGGGAGCAUGAGAGACAUCGGGACAGGGACAGAGAAAGGGACCGGCACCACUGAGAAAGCUGUUCAGCCGAGGCCAGAAUGAGGCUGUGGAGAUGGAGUGCCUGCCUCGACCCUAGGCGUGGCCACUGGGGCAGGGACAAGGCGCCUGACCUGAUGGAGCCUGUCCUGGGGGUGGAGGACUUCCCUCUGGAAGGCUGUGAAUCCUGUACUUUGAUCCUGUCAGCACUAAACUUGCAGGAAGACAAAUGUUAAAAGGCAGGUCCGUGGGGGGGCCUUUGCCUCCGGUGGGGGAGGCUGACUGGGGCCCAGGCAGAUCCUUGCUGAGCAGUUGGCCUCAGCAGCGACUCAGUUGCCUGGUCAGCGCAGCAGGGAGACUGUGACCUGUUGUCUUGUUCUGUCCCUUCCAGGAGUUUGGUUGGCAGUAAGUGUUUUUAAUGGACUUGUAUCUCCUCACCUCGAUCAGGACUGAAGGACGGAGGCCGCUCCACCCCUCUCCUCUCCACUGCCCCCAGCUCCUUCCAGGCACCCAGGGAAAGCCACGUCUCCUGCGGGACUCCAGCUGGCGCACGGUGGCCUCGGGACCCACACUCGCUGCUGCUGCUGCUUCCUGGGGAAAUGCUGGAAGAUGUGGAGUUAGGGAGGGAUAGCAUCGGGGCCACUGUGAGCAGGGAGUGCUCCAGUCCACGGAUACUUGGACCCAAAGAGAAAUGGUGCUUUUCCAUGGAAGCUUGUGAGCUCCUUCCUCUCCGUGGCCCUUCCGGGGACAGCUGGAAGGGAAUCCAUCACUCUUGUGUGUGCUGGGGAGGGUUGGAGGUGGGGGCGCAGAUAUCCCUGCAUGGUGUCUGGCGCCUGGCCUGCUUGGCUCACUGGGGCCAGUAUUCGUGUCCUUCCAUGGUGCAGUGUCUUCUUGUCCCAUGUGGGGGAGCUCUCCUGAGGAGUGCGAUCCCUUCUCCCAGCCAGUUCCAGGCCUGACUUGGCUGGCCCAUUAUACUCAGCUUAGAUAACAGCAUUUCCUUUUCCCCCCACCUCAUGGAGUGCAGGCUGGCUGCUACUUCCCAUCACCUCUUUCUGCUCCCAGUUGCCGUUCCUGUGGGCACCUCUGAAUCCUCUGCAUUCUGCCCCGGCUCCUCUAGGGGGCUUGUCCAGAACAGAGGUGGCCCCUCUCGGCUGGACUCAACGCCUCUGGCUCUCCAUGCUGAUCUCAUGCAAUAACCGUUCCAGUUCACGUUUUUCCCUACCGCAAGCCCCAGCCACCUGUUUCUCCAGAGCAAGCCUCCUCCCAGAGAGGCUGCCUUCCUUGUUUUAGAGGAAGCGGCAUGGGCAGAGACUUGAGUGUUGUGAUAUUGGUGGAUGGAGAUCGGGUGGGCUGCGGGCUGGCUGGAUGAGCCCAACCACUGGUAACCUGGCAAGCUGCUUAGCCUUUUUGCGUGGCGGAAGGUGCAUUGAUUCCAGGGAUGGAGAAACUCUGCUGGAGACUCCAGCCUCUUCAUAAACGCUCUAGGAAUCGGAGCUCCCAGUCAAGCGCUGUGUGGGGGGUUUCUUUAGACAGCACCGCUGCUCGCUGUUGCUCUGUGGUGUGCGACGGUGAGCAAAGGGUUUGAGGUAGCUGAGAGUUGGUCUGCAUCUAGCUAAGUAGUCUUGGUGUCUGUUCCAGCACAUGGGGCUUAUUGUACCCGACAGUGUGAUGUCUGAAGGUCCAGGGGGAAACAUAACCACCAUUUCCACCGCAGCCUUCAGCUGGUGAUUCUUGAAGGCUGGUAGGAUAGGUGGUGUGGAACGAGCCAUGUUCCCUCAAGCAAAGGAUGCUGUAGGGGACAGGUGGCCAGAGAGCAGCCUGCAUAUGUUGCAAGACUGUGCCUGUCUGAGCGGCAGCCUGUGGAGACUACACAUCCCAGCAUGCAGUUCUCCAAUCACAAUGUGCUAUAACACAUUGCAUGCUUGGACCUGUAGUCUCCAAAGCCUGCACCUUUAUGUAAGACAGGACAGCAACCACCGGUUGCAUUUCAUGCCAUUCAGUGUGGCCCUCCUGGCAAGUUGUGGACACAGCUGGGCAAAACCUGGGCACUAUCCCCCCAGCAGGGGUCUCAAGUUGGGCACAUCAGUGAGGGUGGCAGGGGACGAGAGUGCACAGCCUGCCUGGAGGCUGGCGAAGUGAAGUGACACCUCCAUGAGAACUGUGAUCAGUGAGCAAUGGCCAGCUCUGGAUGUCUUUUUAAAAAGAAAAUGAAAAAAAACAAAACGGAAACUUAAAGUGAGGUGACAUUAAAAAGAAGUGUAAAAUACCAGAAAACCCUUUGACAGGAGAGUGUUCUGUUUUUUUACAUAAUGACAAAUUUUUAGUUUAUUUCAGAAUAGUAGGGGGAGGAGGGAUGAUAAAAAUAAAAUAAAAAGCAACGCCCCAAUUCCCCUCCCCCAGUUCUCAGUGAUUUGAUUUUUGUCUCUUUCUGAUAGGUUGGAAAUUGUGUAAUAAACUUGAUGACGUUGUCAAUCUUUUA